AUGGAAACGGCAACCAGCAGCCAGUCGAGUUGGUCCACCGAGUGGUCGCAUCUCGGAUUGUCCCGCUCGGCUUGCCUUUCACCUCUUGUGGUUUAUAUCGACCCAAAGGAUUUAAAGACAAUUGAAAACAGGAGGACGACACAGCGCCUGAGAGGUAACAUUUCAACAGAGCCUGUUUGUCAACUUCUCAUCGUGGUCCAAGCAUGACGGAGGUGGCGCAGGUUGCGGCUGUAGUCGCUCACGACAUGGAGGAUGUCACGAAUGAAGAUGAGCACAACGUGAGCGACGCAGAAAACAAGGAAGAUGAUAUGACACACGAAGAAGAUGUUGUUAACGAAGACGAUGCGGCCGAGGAGAAAAGUGAGGAGACGUCGCACGUGGAGGAUAAAAAGAUUUGCAGUGAGAAUGAUGAAGAGACUGACAAGGGACACAUGAACGGUGUGGAACACGAAGAGAAGGACGACAGAUCAACGGUUAACGGUGUAGAACAGGAUGGAGAGACGAAGGAGGAUGCACAACCGGACACAAAUGAAGACCAGGAUAUUUCUGAUUUGGCACUUAAGAAAAAGAAACUCCUCCGAUCCAGAAAGCCGGUGGCCAGAAGCUACGUGCCAAAGGAGAACAAAGACAAGGGGGAUGUGAAGAAUAAGUUUGAGGCCAUGCAGAAGGCCAGGGAGGAGCGCAGCAGGCAGAGGAACAACGAGGAGCAGCAGAAGAGGAAGGAGCAAUACAUCAAGGAGCGAGAGUGGAAUCGCAGGAAGGAGCAGAUAAAAGAACUACUCGCUUCAAGUGAUGAGGAAGAAGAGGUGAAGCCAACAAAGGUGGAAAAAUCCUACGUCCCCAAAAUCACAGGUAGUGUGAAGGGGAAGUUUGCUGAAAUGGAAAAACAAAGACAAGAGGUAGAAAGGAAGAGGAUGGAAGGAGAGAGGAAGAAGAGGGAAGCCCAGGACAAUUUGGAAAAAGCCAAAAUAAAGAAAGAAUUGGCUCAGAAAGCAGCUGAGGAAGGAGAUGACACAAUCCUUGUGCGGGUGGUUCCAGCGAAGUCAUCACGACCUCCAGGUAGAAUCAAGUUGAACUUCGAAGACAUGGAGAAGAAUCGAGAGGAGGAACUGCAGAAGAAGGCAGAAGAAGAGAAGAAGAGACGAUACGAUGAAAACAGACGCUCCUUCAGGGAUGCCAAGCGACGCUCGGUUGUUCAAGAGGACGAAGAAGAGAAGCCUUCAGAGAAGGCAUCGGUGACUCCUGGGAAGCUGAAGAUGACAUUUGAGGAGCUGGAGAAGGACAGACAGGAACAGAGAAAGAAGCAGGCUGAGGAGGAAGCCAAACGCCGCCUGCUAGAAGAGAAGAAAGCUUUUGAGGAGGCCAGGCUGGGAAUGGGAGAAGAUGAGGAGGGCGCUCAGCCAGGUCAGGAAGACAAGGAGGAGUUCCGACCUGGAAAACUGAGGUUGAGCUUUGAAGAGCUGGAAAGGCAAAGGGUUGAAGAAGAGCGCAAGAAAGCAGAGGAUGAGGCCAAGAGACGAAUGGAGGAGGAGAGAAGAGCUUUUGCUGAAGCCAGGAAGAGCAUGCUUGUAGAUGAGGAUGAUGAGGUGCUGAUGGCUCUACUGAACCUGGAGGGCAGUAAGCCUGGGAAGAUAUGCGCUAGUUUUGAGGAUCUGGAACGCCAGAGAAGAGAAGAGGAACAGAAGAAGGCAGAGGAGGAGGCCAAGAGGAGACUGGAAGAGGAGAAGAGGCUCUUUGCUGAGGCCCGCAAGAGCAUGGCACUAGAUGAGGAAGAAGGGAUGGUGAAGAGUGAAUCUCAGGAAGCACUGCACCCUAGAAAACUGGAAAUCAACUUUGAAGAGCUACUGAAAGAGAAGGAGGAGGCUGAGAGAAGACGCAAGGCAGAGGAACGCAAAAAGAAAAUGGAGCAGGAGAAGCAGGAAUUUGAACAACUCAGACAAGAGAUGGGCGAGGACGAAGUGAAUGAAAGCUCGGAUGUUGUCAGCAAAGAGUAUGAAGAAUUGACCAAGCUCAAGAGGACUGGCUCCAUCCAGGCCAAGAACCUCAAGUCCAAAUUUGAGAAGAUCAAGCAACUGACUGAAGAGGAUAUUCAGAAAAAGAUUGAAAUGGAGAGAGCACGCAGGAAGGCCGUUGAUGAUGAAAUUAAAGAGAGAGAAGCUGAGAGGUUCCAGGAGGAGGAUGACGAAGGAGAAACAACUCCAGCGAGAGCCGACGAGUCGCCAUUCAAACAGAAGGUGGAUAUGCGAGCCCGAUUUGAACAAAUGGCCAAAGCCAGAGAAGAUGAGGAGAGGAGGAGAAUAGAGGAGCAGAAGCUGCAGAGAAUGCAGUUUGAGCAGCAAGAGAUUGAUGCUGCCCUCCAAAAAAAGAAGGAGGAUGAUGUGGAGGAUGAAGGUAGCAUCAUCAACGGCUCUGCAGCCUAUGAAGAUGAGGAAGAUCAUGCCAGGUCGGGGGCUCCGUGGUUUAAAAAGCCCCUUAAAAAUCAAUCGGUGGUGGACUCGGAGCCAGUGCGGUUCACCGUUAAGAUCACAGGGGAGCCAAAGCCUGAAGUGACCUGGUGGUUCGAGGGAGAGAUGCUCCAGGACUGUGAGGACUAUCAGUAUAUAGAGAGAGGAGAGACGUACUGCCUCUACCUGCCAGAGACCUUCCCAGAGGACGAAGGAGAGUACAUGUGCAAGGCUGUGAACAGCAGAGGCACAGCCGCAAGUACCUGCAUCCUCACAAUAGAAACUUAUGACUACUGAUGCCCUUCCAUGUUCUGGAAACUUUCCCUGUUGUCUCUCACUCCUUUUAUAAAAACCUCGUUCCUCAUGGUAUGACACAGCAGAGGGAAGAACAUAGCAGUAUGCUUGGCAUUCCUAAGGGAGGGAUACACAACACAAAAAAAAUUAUUCAAGAUGUUGUUUACGUAUUGCUCAAAUGUAAAGCUGCACUUAGAGUAGCAUGAUACCUGUGCCAAAAACAGAUUCUUGUUUGUUCUUGCUCAAAACCAACUUCGAUGCCAGGCCCUUACAAUAUUUGUGAUACCAGCAAUUUUUAAAUAUAAUAUUACUGUGUUGUAAAUAUCACACUUUAUGGUCCAUACUUGGCAAACAUUAUGCUUAAUGCAUUUAAAUGUAAAAAAUAAGAUGUCCUCAUAUACUAAUUUUAAAGAACAAGAUACAGGAAAAUCAGUAAAACAUAUUACAUGUUUGCUUGGGUAUUCUACUACUGCUCAACAAAUAUAAAUAAGCAUGUUGAUUUCUGUACUCUUUGCCAUAUUACUAAAUGGUAUUGUGAUACUUGGCUGGUAUUGCUGUCUAUCGAGGGGUAACAUGCUAGUCAUCACUUAAUUGGUAAUCCACAGUAAGGUGUCCGUUGACAGUGAUAUGCCAUUAUAAUGGCAGUUGCAUUUUGCAGGAACAAAGCAAUUUGAAAUCAAGGAUUUUCAGUUAAACUCUUUAGAUUAAGUGUUUUUAAACUGCAGCAUCUAAAAACCAAUAAUAUGUAGAUUUUUCAUGUACCAACCCCCCUUUUUCUUUUUGAGUUAAAUGUAAUACUCUUGAUACAAUUGUCAUAAUUCAGUUGUGCUGGACAGUAGGUAACCGUUUUAUUGUUUGAAAAUGAAGAAAACAUAGGUUAGCCUGAGUAUUUGUCAUAUAUUAUAAAUGAAAAUGUUUUAAUAAAAAUGAACAAAAAUAAAAUAAAAAAA